UCUUCUCAGUUGCUACAUUCAUUCGAAUAUACCUGAUUUCCAGGAGUUGUGUAGACACCAAUCUCAGAAAGAUUUAAAAAAAACACAUCUUACAGAUCGGCACUGGAUCACUUUUUGCUCUGAAUGCUCUAUUUGGCCGACAGACUUUGUUAAUUAACUUUUAGAAGUUAAGAACUUUUUGCAAUGAAACUUACUUGGGCCCUGCUGCUGUCCAUGAUGAUAAAGAUUUUACCUGCGUCACCAGCACAUCUCCAUGGUGAUGCUCAUAACAGGACUUUGCGGGAUCAGGAGUGCUACGAAGAUGAAUAUUGGCACAUGGGAAAGUGCUGCAGAACCUGUCCGGCAGGAACCAGCGUCUCUACCCAUUGCACUGUGAACCAUGCCCGUGGCGUCUGUCAGAGGUGUACUCCGGGAGAACAUUUUACUGCCGCCCCCAGUGGAAUGGAGUCGUGCUUACCUUGUCUCAUCUGUAAAGAUGAUAAAGUCUUGGUACAGGAGUGCACCCCGACAGCCAAUGCAAAAUGCGAAUGUAAACCUGGAUAUUACUGUAGACCUGAUGAACCCUGUGAAAUCUGUAACCGGUGUUCAAGGUGCGGUGAAGGUCAACGCAUUAAGAAGCUGUGUACCUCAACUACAGACACAGUUUGUGAAGAUGUCUCUCCGCCAGAAUCUACCUCAACCAAAGCCAAUGUGAUAGUUCUGAUGCAAACCAGUUCAUUCAAUGACACAACUGGACACAGGACAAUGUCAACUGACCCCCCGGAUGACCCAUCAGGAUAUAAAUUAGUUGCAUUUAUAGCACUACCCGUGGUGGCUACUAUCCUCGCCAUCAUCAUCAUCCUCCUCAUUGUUCGUUACAAAAAAAAAGUGAAAAGAAAACCUAAAGACAAUAUUGAGAACUCUCUCAUCGGCGGCACUAAGAAUAACAGUACAAACACUUCGUUAGACUCCAUCCACACUGAAGGCAAGAACUGCAGAGAAGAGGAACUCCCAGAAUGCCAGAGCCUCAUGACUGCCGAACAUAGGAAAGUUGAAAUCGUGAUGAAUGUGAGGGCGGCCCCCUAUGUACAUGGAGCUGAGACAGAACCUGGGGAGAGCAGCGUUGCAGAGUCUCUAGGGGGCGAUGUGGAGUGCGAAGGAAGCUCAAAGCUGGGGGCAGAGUGUGAAGAAUGUAAAAAGCCGCAGCCAUGUGAUCAACAGUGGUCGCAGUUUCACUACACAGUCAUUCACAACGUCCAACCGCAGUACAUUGUGCAGCUAGCCCGAAGGCUGUGCCACCAUAAAGCUAUCAUAGAUCAAAUAAUAAAGAAUAAUCCCAACGACUGUACAGAACAAAACUAUCAGUUACUCAGUCAUUUGAGGGAUGAAAAGGGUGAACAGGCCUCUAUGAAAGCCUUGCUUAAAGAGAUGACUGAAAUGGACCUAGGGGGGUGCUGCCAAAAUAUUGAGAAUAGCUUAAAAAGUCUAAAAAUACCAAUUAAUUAGUACAACUAAGAAGUUUAUUUUUCUGGCUUCACAAAAUUGGACCUGAAACCCCCAAUGUUACUUGGAAUGACUUGACACUGUUGGUCACUUGAGAAGCAAAAAAAAAAAAACGGUACAUAAAUAUGGCUUCUCUGCUUCACUCCACCCGCCACCUUCUCCUGGGCCUUUCGUUCUAAGCUCCUCUGUUUUCUUCUUGCCACUCAGACCCAAAGUUUUAAUAAGCUUUGGUGUAGCCUCUUAAAAGGAGCUCCAGGAAGAAGCCCAUUAUUGCUCCUGGACCAAAGCUCAAUGUCCUUCUGCAAGGUGGUAGGUGAGCACUAUGGUUCGUAUGAUAUAUAUGUCUUAAGUGGACUGCAUCCUCACACGGAGGACUCUAUAAACUGCAUAUAGCUAGACUGAUGUUAUAAUGUGUAAGUUCUAGGAUGAUAUCUCUUUCAAGGCUGGAAGGACCCUACAUUUCCCGGGCUCUAAGAAGCCCCACCCCUUAAUCUUGCCAAGCCCCACCCCUGCUUACGUCACCCUUUUGCUCAUCUCCUUCUGCCAGAAUGUGACGAUCAUUAAGUUCUCACAUGGAUGGCAGUGGUGGUAAAUAUACGUAAUAAUAAGGGAAAUGCAAGAGGUUAUGUCUUCUACUGAUGUUCUAUGUGUAACAGCUUGUGCUUGCGACAUGGUUCGAUGAAGUAUUUUAUUUUUUUGUGCAGUACUUAUAUAGCAGUUUCUAUGAAUUUAGGGCUUAAAGGGAAGUUUUUUUUAUUUUAAUGCUAAACGUGGAACUCCAUGGCCGAGAUCCAGCAUUGCUUGAUACAAUACCACUUUUAGUGCAUUUCAUGGUCGGUGCCGGGUAAAAUGUUGCUAUUUUACUGUGAUGAUGGCCACAAAGGGUCUCAGUGUGACUCAAACUUGAUGACAAAAGUGGUACCGUCGAGGCAGUUGCUAUUCUAUUUAUUGUAUGAUUUCGUGUGUCUGUAAAAAAAAAAAUUAUGUUAGGAACUACUUUCAUAGUCUGCACUGAAACAAUACAGGGGAAACCUCCACUAAUCAGGUAGAGAAAUCGUAGGUGUAAUUUGGGCCCCAUGCAUAAUUUGUAGGCGGGCUCCACAUAGAGUAUGUGCCGUUCACAAUACGUGUGUGUUUUGAUGGGGCAAAGGGUCUUUGGUUCUCUUCAGACACCAUGGACCAGGUGUGAUGGGAGCUUUGCCCCUGGUCGAAUUGGUGUUCUGUAUCGUUACCAAAGCCCUGUCAAUGGAAACUUUCUACACAAUGGCUGUGGAAGGCCUGCAUGCACCCACUGAUACCAGAUAGUGACCAUAGCUUGGAUUUCCCCUUUAAAUUGAAGGCUAUGUUUUUUCCUAAAAUGUUUGAAAAUGGAGAAAGGAAUGAAAAUGUAUUAAUACUCCGUUUAUCCUUAUUGCUAUUUAUUAAUGAUCAACUGCUGAAUGUAUUGUUGUAUACUACUUCUGUACAUUAUGUGCUGUGCCUUUAAGGUGCUCCUUUGAUCCACACAGAAAAUGGAGGUAGCCAAACAAAAACUUACAUCCACUGGGGAAUUGGGCGCUGGUGAGACAGAAAGCUUACAAGCAGCAAUUCUGCGACAAUGCAGUUAUUACCAUGAGUGCGAAAGAUUGAACAAUGAGCGUUUACGAUCAGCGAUUCUACAAUAGGACGCUAAUUAUUUCUAUGAUCACAAUGAUCAGAGUUUUAUAGUCCGGAAGUCCGGUCAUUUCUAUGCUAAUAGCUUAAAGGAAAUUUACAUUUAGCGACGGACAAAAAAAAAAAAAAGGUAAAACCCCGAUACCUAAACCAUUAUAUAGCUGAGUGACCACUGCAUUACAGUGAAGCCUAAGCUCAGAGAUACCUGGACUACAGCAGAUUCUUAACAAAAAAAGCUAAUAAUAAUAAUAUUGCAACCUAACAAAUGGUGUUGUAAAAUAUAGAGAAAAAAGUUUUGUUUUCAAAAGGGGGAAAACCCCUUGAUAAUAUAGCUGAAAAUGUGUAAGUCUCGUCUCUCUUCUGCUGUCUGUACGGACUGGGAGUGUACUAGAGAAGAAGCUUCUGCAGCAGUGUUACUGUGUGCAACAGAACGCAGAAACCAAAGAGAAUGGACACUAUUUAAAAAUACCAGUCGAAAUGAAUAUGUCCGCCAUGACUAAUUCCUAAGUGAAUCGUGUACACAGGCUUUGUUUACUAUAUGAAUAAACAAAAGAGAGGCGCACCAUAGGGUA